AUGGACCAAACAUCUCUUCUGUGGCUCUUUGUGAGCUCUCUGCUGUUCUGCACAACAAACCAAGCCUCUCUGACUGUGAGUCCCAGCAGCUCUCAGAUGUUUAAAGGAGAGUUUGUCUCUCUGAGCUGUGAGGAGGACGACAGCUCUGCUGGAUGGAAGCUGAGGAGGAACACAACCAGAGAAACCAGGAAGGAGUGUGGAGACGGCUGGGGAAGAUCAGCUGGUUCCUCCUGUAACAUCAGUGUACCAGCCCUCUGGGACAGUGGAGUUUACUGGUGUGAGUCCAGAGAGGGAGCAACCAGUAACAGCAUCAACAUCACUGUCACUGGUGGAUCAGUGAUCCUGCAGAGUCCUGUCCUCCCUGUGAUGGAGGGAGAUGAUGUCACUCUGCGCUGUAAAACAUGGACCUCCCACCUCCCAGCUGAUUUCUAUAAAGAUGGCUCCCUCAUCAGGACUGAGCCUGCAGGUCACAUGACCAUCCACCAUGUUUCCAAGUCUGAUGAAGGCCUCUACAAGUGUCACAUCAGCAGUCAUGGAGAGUCUCCAUCCAGCUGGAUCUCUGUCACAGAGAAACCCAUCACCACAUCUCUACCCCCCCUCCCCUUCACCUCUCCUCAUUCAUCAUCCUCCUCUCCUCAUCUCUCUGUGCUGUGGUCUGUUCCACCUGUCUGUGCUGCUAAAUUACAAGUUGGAGAAGAUGACAUCACUGAUGACAUCACUGAUGACAUCAAAAAGUCAAACAGACUUGGAGUGAACAGAAGCUAG